ACGAUGUGGUUUCAUACCCGGAAGAACUGCACGCUCGCGCACUCGCCUCUCUGUCGCCUUCUUCUGGCGCACAAGAGUCUAACUUCUGUCUACAAAUGGACAACUUAUUGACGGUAACCGUUCACCGAGAAUAGGUUUGGCACUGAAUAAACAGCGACAGACGAGUCCUUCCGCUGCACCAGUGAGCUGAGUAUCUACGAGCCCCGUCCUCGUCGUCAGUCAGUGACAUUGACAAAUCAAAGCGGUAGUUAGUGUUGUGCUGCCGCUAGCAAGUUCAUGUGUGAGCAGUAACGUUGCGUUUUGCCCGCCGUUUAUCUCCAGCCUCAGCUACAAUGAGUGAAUAUUUCAGCCUGUCUGAUUGUGAUGUUAUCGGCUUCGACCUGGACCACACGCUGUGCCGCUACCAUCUGAAGGAGACCUCUAGGCUCAUCUAUGAGAGUUUUGCCAGGUUUCUUGUGGAGCAUAAAGGCUAUGACAAGGACCUGUUAAACCUAACUCCUGCUACAUGGGAUUUCUGUUUUAAAGGACUAGUUGUGGAUUUGGAGGAUGGAAACAUUGUGAAACUGGCCGAAGAUGGAACUGUCUUGCGGUAUGGUCUGUCUGCCCCCAAACCAGAGCUUGCCAUUGUUCUCUCAGACAUUAAGAGUAAGUUAAUAAAAAGUUUUAUUUUGUGCUUGAUUAGAGCGACACACGGUACAACUGACCUCAGCACAGAAGAAAUCCUUAAAUUUUAUGGCCCUAAUAGGGAGUGGAAGCACUUCAACAGCCUCAAUACGUCCUUUACGAGAUCUGCAAAAUACUAUUUUUAUGACAACUACUUUGAUCUACCUGGUGCGCUUCUCUGUGGCAGAGUUGUGGACAUGAUUCAUAAGCGAGGAAGUGAGGUCAAUUCUGACUUUUGGAAAGACAUGCUUGCUGCCAUAGACCACAAUUACAACACAUCUGCAUUUAAAGAGGAUGCUGGGACCUACUUCCCCAGUGUGAAGAGGGACCCAGGCCGAUACCUGCAGCCUUGCUCUGAGUCAGUCAAGACCUGGUUACACAGCAUGAAGAAUGCUGGGAAGGUCCUCCUCCUCAUCACUAGCUCCCACAGCGACUACUGCAGGCUCAUCUGUGAACACAUCCUUGGGAAGGAUUUCGAAGAACUGUUUGAUGUCAUCAUAACAAAUGCGCUGAAGCCUGGCUUCUUUUCCUUGGUUCCUCAGCAGAGGCCCUUUAAGACUCUUGUGAAUGAUGUAGAGGAGAGUGAGGGGCUGCCGUCGCUCGACAAACCAGGCUGGUACUCCCAGGGCAACUGGCCACACUUACAUGAGCUCCUCAAGACCAUGACGGGAAAAGUAGAGCCUAAGGUAGUGUACUUUGGCGAUAGCAUGAGGUCAGACAUGUUCCCUGCCAGCAGCUUUGGGAAAUGGGAGACAGUGAUGAUAGUGGAGGAAAUGGAAGGGGAAGGUGUCUCUAAGAGUGAUGCGGCGAUGGCCAAUGAGGCUCUAGUGGAGCCAAAGGAGAAAAAGGGCAAGUUUGAGAAGCAGGGCAUGAAGUCUCCCUCUGCUAUGUCCAACCAGUGGGGCUCCUACUUUGUCGACAUCUAUAAAGGUGAUGGAGAGCACGAGGAGGGCCAGAGACUGACCUGGUGUUGCCACUGCAUUCACAAAUACAGCACUAUGGCCAUACCUAGUGUCGAACACAUAGCAGGUGUGUGUCUCUACAGAAUUUAAUCUGAGGUUUGUACUGAAUG